GUUUGUUUCCUCUUACCAACCUGGACGUCGGCGAACCAGACCGGGCCGACGGAGAAAAACGAGAGAGCGAACGACCCACGCCUUGCCUCAUCGCCUCCCUCACGAACACCGAAACGCCACAAGGAAACCCAGGGAGGACGGGCGUUUCCAUUUUUAUUCGAUCGAGAUAGAGAGAGAGGAGAGAGAGAGAGAGAUCUAAUCCUAGGAAGCCAGCGAUCGUCCGGUUUAUCUCCGGAUAAGUCGCACAAUUCGCCUCCGCCGCCGGGGUGAAGCCCAAUCGAAUCGAUCGCCACUUUGUGGAAUCGCUCUCACAUGCAGUGAGAUUUCUGUUUCAUUCUCAUCGAUCUUAAUGCUCCAUUAGGGUUUCGACUUCGCCAUAAUUCUGCCUUUGAUCUCGGAGAGGUGCAAUUUUCCUUUUUGUGUGUGGGUGGGUGGGUUUCCUCGCGCCUACACACCCUUUUUGUCGCUAUUUUCUUCGUUGUGUUAGGGUUCCCUUGCUUGAUUCACGGUGGUAUCUGUUUAGGAUUUUUUUUUUUUUCCUCUUCUCGUUUUGGUUGGUUUUCUGGGGCAUUGUGGCUUUCCUCCCAUGGAUCUUUGAGGCUUGAACUCCUGGUUCUCUCUAGAAAGUGCUUCCCUGGAGGGAAUUCUGUAUGCGGGUUUAAAGGAUUUGGUAGACUCAUUUUCGUGAUGGUCCUCAUUUAGUGCCCGUGGCAAUGGCGUAUUGAGAAGCUUCGCAAUUCAUUCUGAUAGUCGCUUUGAUCUUCUGGAGACAUGUUUAAUACAGGAAAUAGAUUCAUUAUGAGUUUGUUAUAGAUUGUUCAUAGGUAGAGGGUAUCAAUUGUCUAUAGAUAAUGGUCUGUGCUGCAAAUGGAGAGAAGUGAGCCUGCAUUGGUUCCUCAAUGGUAUAAGUUAGCAAAUGGGAGCAGUUCAAACAAGACCCUGCGGACAAGCACUUCCAAACGUUCUGAUGAAAAUGGUGUGGAGUUUGGCUCAAGGGAUAAAUUACUCAGAGACCAAGACAGGAAUUUGAGGAGGAGUUUAAGUUCUAACAGUUCUGUUGAUUGUGAUAGAAGUAGCUUUGGUAAAUCACCGGCUUACAGCAGUUUCCGAAGGUCUUGUGACAAAAAACAGAAGAAUUUUGAUUACCAUGAUCGAGAAAAUAGAUCAUAUUUGGUUCACGGUGGCUUUGACUAUCAUGAUUCAUCUGUAGGAGUUAGAGCUAAAAAUGAUGCCACGAGAAGUUCCCAUUCUAUGGUCACAGGAAGGCAAUUUGACUCCUGGCCAAAAAGACUUGGAAGUAGUUGGAAUAAUCCUGCCCCUCCCAGGGAAUGUGUGGUUGGAAGCACUGGCAAAAGCAUUGACGACUUUCCAUCCCUUCAAACUAAAAUGAGGCAAAGCUUUUCGGAUGCAGAUGAUGCAUUAUCUCUUGGUCCUAAGACUGCUGUCGAAAGUCUUCGAGUUGCUGCUCCUGUCAUAAUUGGAACUUCAGCUUUGGCAGAAGUUCCUGUAAAAGUUGAAACUAAUGGAAGUUUGGUAUCUUCUGUAACUGGAAGCACUAUGGCACGGACAUUAGCACAUACUCCAACACCAGUUGGUAACACUCUUCAGUCAUCUGUUGACACUCAGAGGAUUGAAGAACUAACUAUAAAAAAAUGCAAGCAGCUGAUACCAAUGACACAUACACUGCCUAAAUCCUUGAGUUUUAAUGUAUCAGAAAAGACAAAAAUGAUAAAUGCAAAAGGUGGCGCUGGGGAUUUUUCUUUUACUAAGGUUGGCCAACAGAUGAACCUUCCUGGUAGGCCACCAGCUAGAUCUGAUACUGCAAAGACACUUCAAGUGGGAAAUUUUCAAGUUCUUUUUCGAGAGAAGAAUAGCAUCUUGCCUGCUGCCAAAGAUGGUUCCAGUGUUAGCAAAAUUAUUAACCAUGCUGGCCUUGUUCCAUCUGCUGCAGUUCCUUCUACAAAGAACCAAGCUGACCUAAAACUAAGAGUUGAUGAAAAAAAUGGUGCUUUAACACGUGUCUCCGCUGGGGAAAGAAAACUCCUUUCUCGCGCACAAAAUCGAAAUGAUUUCUUCAAUUUGUUAAGGAAGAAAUCAUUAACUACUUCAAGCUCGAUUCUGGAAUCAGGAUCCAUUGAAGCAAUAGAGAAUCUGCAUAGCAGUACCCUUGACAAUGUACAAAAGAAUGGCCACCAAGGUCUGGAUUGUUCAGCAGAAAAUGGAAGCUUUACAAAUGAAGGUUGCUUAUCUACUGAUGAGACUGAUAGGCUCUAUGCUGACAAUGAAAAAACUAAGUCAUUUCUAGAUGGAGGCAUAGACCCAGAAGAAGAAGCCUUCUUGCAAUCUCUGGGUUGGGAUAAAAAUGCAGGGGAGGAAGCUUUGACGCAAGAAGAAAUUGAUUCUUUCCUUAACAAGUACGAGUCCCAGCGACGACUGAAGAUUUCCAUCAGCUAGAUUUCCACCUGGAAUUCGGUCGUUGAUUAGCUGGUGGUGAGGAGGAUUUGUGUUCAAUUUUUUCCUUCAAGCUCUCAGAAUGAUUUAGAGAAUUUGGACUAAUCUUCUAUCUGAGGUCUUAUGGCAUGCUCCUCGUCUCUCCUGGAAUGAAACCAGCAGUGAAAUGGUAAAAGUUGGAGUGGUAGAUUUAAGUGAUAAAGGGUGUCUUUUUGGCUUUAGAAUUGAUUUUUUUUGUUCUUAUAAUUUCUUUUGGUUUAUUGCAAGAAUAGUUCCCAGUAGGCUUUGUUCAUGCAGAUGAAGAAUCUUGGUUUUUGAAAUGGAAUGAACAAUGAAUUAAAUAAUUAUCCAUGAAGAAUGGAAGGGAAAAAAGAGAGUACGUAAGGCACUUCAUUGUCGGCUUCACAGAGUUAGAAAAUAUUUUAUCUUGGUUCGUUUACAAGAAUUUAUUAAUGUAUUAACAGCAAUUUUUAAAUGUCUAAACUUUUUCGGGCAAAAUUUAAGUAGGUUUCCCCUUUUUUUCUAAAUCAUGAAACGGCCAUCCCAUUUUAUUUCCUUUUUAAUCAAAAAGACAUCUUAUUUCACGAUGCCCAUUUUAUAUUCUUUUUAAUCAAAAAGACAUCUUAUUUCACUAUUCAACCUGUAUAAUUACUCAAUUUGUCCGUGUACAUUGUAAUAGUUAUAAAAUUACAGUUGUUAUAUAUGUGAUAGUAAUUAUGAAUUUAUAGCGGUUAUGAUUGA